UCAUCUCCAUCCUCAGCGGACACUGACGUGUUCCUCUAGCAGUAUGACAAAGUAUCCCUCUUUUUCCUCCCCUUUUCCUCCACUCUCUUUCUCUCUUCGUCCAUUCCAGUCUUCCCCGUCCCCUUUCUCUCCACAUCGCAGUUUAUCAUCUCUCUGCACUGAAGCUCCUGCACCUGCUUCUCACCACUGCCCGCUAGACAACGACUCAACCAGCAUCCAACCCCGGGAAUGAUACCCUUUCUCUCAACACUACGGGAGUAGAGGCCAGUGGAUAGGUCUGCUUUUUGGUCUGUUUCAAAAGCUAUUUGUGGUUUAUCGGAAAGGCUGUGGGCUGAAGGCAUGUUAAGAGGGAUUACCUGUUGUUUUUAAGGGGUUCGUUUCGUCGCUCUGUUGUUCGAGGGAUAUGAUCAUCUCCACUUUUAUCCGGGAGGAGACUCAUCAAACGGUCCCGACCGGACUCGGACGUGACUAUGUUUACAUAACUCUAAAGGGGAUGAAUUUGGAGAUGUAUGACAGUUUAUUGGAGAUAACAAGAAACAAAGUCCUCAUGUCAAAAUAAUGGUCGUAUGUGGUCAUUAAAAUUAUUUUGGAGAGUGCAAAUUGUCGCCGAACGUUCGUAUAAUGCUUGGGUGUGAUGAAGUGAGGUAAAGUGAGUGCACAGCUCAGAUGUUUAAUCCCCUAACUUCGGCAAGAUGAAAUCGCUCUUCUACAGCCGCUUCUUCAUCCUCCUGCCCUGGGUCCUCAUCGUCAUCAUCAUGAUCCAUAUUGACACAAGGACGUCCGUCCGAAAUCCAGCCCUGGGCCGCGGAGGGGGCGCACAUAGGCAAGACAGAACCAGCCCACCCCGGGCCAACCGCUCCGCUCUCCCGGCAAUCUACGCCAUCACCCCGACCUACAACCGGCCAGUCCAGAAAGCUGAACUUACCCGGCUCGCUAACACCUUCCGCCAGGUUCCUCGCUUCCACUGGAUAGUAGUGGAGGACUCGACUGUGCGCACGGAGCUGGUGGUGCGCUUUCUCGCCCGCUCGGGGAUGCAGUACACACACCUGAACAUCUUUACGCCCCGCCGGUUCAAACGUACCGGGAUGCCCCGUGCUACUGAGCAGAGGAACACGGCUCUCUCGUGGCUGCGGUCACAUCGCUCCAUCAAGGACGUGGGGAUAGUAUUCUUCGCGGAUGAUGACAACACAUACAGUCUGGAACUGUUUGAAGAGAUGCGUUCGACGCGGGGUGUGUCAGUGUGGCCAGUGGGGCUGGUCAGUGGGCGGAGGUACGAGCGCCCCAUAGUGGAUAAGGGCAAAGUGGUGGGCUGGUACACUGGCUGGAGGCCCGACCGCCCCUUCGCCAUCGACAUGGCAGGUUUUGCAGUGAACCUCCAUGUGGUCCUGGGGAACCCACGGGCGUUGUUCAAGCGUAGGGGUUCCCAGCCUGGUAUGCAGGAGUCUGACUUCCUAAAACAGAUCACCAAGGUGGCGGAGUUGGAGCCCAAAGCCAACAACUGCACUAGGGUGUUGGUGUGGCACACUCGUACAGAGAAGGUGAAUCUGGGCAACGAGCCCAGACAUCGACAGGACAGUGUGGUUAUCGAGGUCUAAGGGGUGGGAUAACCAAGGAGGAAUAAGCAAGCCCAUUGGUUAGACAGACUGACAGUAAUUUCUUGAACUACACUACUGACAUCACCUUGCUUGACCAUAACCUUGAUAUGGAUUACACUAUGAUGGACAGGACUUUGGACCAAUUGCAUGGAUGGGAACUGCUGCCUGAAUGUUGUGAAUGGCUCAAUGAGAUUCCGGACCUCAAAGGGGACCAUAAUGCACUGGGGUGACCAUUGCUUUCCCAGGGGACUCUGCUCUCGUACUGCAAUGUGGCCCAGUCCCUUAUAAAAAGUGAUUCCUAUGAAGUAUGCAGGCUUAACAAGACCGCCUGUCUGUCUACAUGUAUGUGUGUAUGUAAACUCAGCAAAAAAACAAAUAAAAAAAUAGUUCCUUUUUCAGGACCCUUCUUUCAAAGAUAAUUAGUAAAAAUCCAAAUAACUUCACAGAUCUUCAUUGUAAAGGGUUUAAACACUGUUUCCCAUGCUUGUUCAAUGAACCAUAAACAAUUAAUGAACAUGCACCUGUGAAACGGUCGUUAAGACACUAACAGCUUACAGAUGGUAGGCAAUUAAGGCCAAAGUUAUGUCCGCAAUAGGAUGAGAGGGGCUGGACUGAGGGCUGUAUGCCUGUUGUAAGGCAGGUCCUCACCAUACAUCACCGGCAACAACGUCGCCUAUGGGCACAAACCCACCGUCGCUGGACCAGACAGGGCUGGCAAAAAGUGCUCUUCACUGACGAGUCGUGGUUUUGUCUCACCAGGGGUGAUGGUCGGAUUCGCGUUUAUUAUCGAAGGAAUGAGCGUUACACCAAGGCCUGUACUCUGGAGCGAUUUGGAGGUGGAGGGUCCGUUAUGGUCUGGGGCAGUGUGUCACAGCAUCAUCGGACUGAGCUUGUUGUCAUUGCAGGCAAUCUCAACGCUGUGCGUUACAGGGAAGACAUCCUCCCCCUCAUGUGGUACCCUUCCUGCAGGUUCAUCCUGACAUGACCCUCCAUCAUGACAAUGCCACCAGCCAUACUGCUCGUUCUGUGCGUCAUUUCCUGCAAGACAGGAAUGUCAGUGUUCUGCCAUGGCCAGCGAAGAGCCCGGAUCUCAAGCCCAUUGAGCAUGUCUGGGACCUGUUUGAUCCUAGGAUGAGGGCUAGGGCCAUUCCCCCAGAAAUGUCCGGGAACUUGCAGGUGCCUUGGUGGAAGAGUGGGGUAACAUCUCACAGCAAGAACUGGCAAAUCUGGUGGUCCAUGAGGAGAAUAUGCACUGCAGUACUUAAUGCAGCUGGUGGCCACACCAGAUACUGACUGUUACUUUUGAACCCCCCCCCCCUUUGUUCAGGGACACAUUCCAUUUUUGUUAAGUCACAGGCCUGUGGAACUUGUUCAGUUUAUGUCUCAGUUGUUGAAUCUUAUGUUCAUACAAAUAUUUACAAAUGUUAAGUUUGCUGAAAAUAAACGCAGUUGACAGUGAGAGGAUUUAUUUUUUUUGCUGAGUUUGUGUGUGUACCAGAUCAAUGAGUAUGAAACUGAACAAUAUGUGUGUAUGUCUGGAAAGACAUACCAAUAAGAACAUGGGCCGUGACUAGUAGAUCACCUGCUGGGUGUCGACUAACGAUGGCCAUUCGACAUGCACAAUCGUUGGGAAAUGAACAGGAAAAUCUCUUCCGAUGUUCUGUGGUCAGCGGCGACCGGACGGCCAACUCGCUACGCACGGCUAACAUUCCGGUUGGUUUUCUUGUCCUCAAGUGUCUGUGGGUCUGUGACACACUGGACCACAGAGACAAACUCCAGGAGUACAACUUUUAUUCCAAAUGACCCUCUUGUAAAAGCAGGAAAAAGAAAAGGAUAAACAACUUUACAAUAAAAGAGUCAUUGGACAAAAAUGGUCACAAUUAGUUCAUGGCUAUUCACUGUUUAAUGCACGGACAUAACAUUUCUCUCUGUACUAGGCACCAGAAAA